AUGUGGAGUUUCGUCGUCGGACGUGACGCUCACCUGGCCCUCGGAGACGUCAAGGGGUGUACGGGGGCUAACCCCAACAUCAAACUCGUUGUCGAGUUUCCCGCGUGCGGCAAGGUGCUCACGCUCUUGCUGUUCCCGCUGUUUGGCAACAGCGUUGCGGCGGUGCUCCUCUGCCACCGCAAUAGUAGACCGCUCCUGCUCCUCCUUUUCCAAUGUGGCCCGCAGACUCGUCUCUAUCUCCGCGGCAAGGGUGGUGAGCGGCCGACGUGCAUCUGCUUCUGCUUCUGCCGCUGCCGUCUCUUCCUCCUCGACGGUGUGGAUGUGCAGCGGCGGCGGCGGCGCAAACGGUAUUGGGGGCGCAAGGUAGCGGUGCUCAGUGGGCGGCAGUGGCACACUGCGUGCGCGGUCCGCGGUCGACCGUCGACGCGGCGAACCAGACCCCUUAAUGGAGUAGAGGUUCACAGCAAUAGGUUUCUCCUCACUUACAAGUGA